AUGGGUUCGGACAAUGGAGACUUUGUUGAACAAUUCGUGAUUCUCACGCCUCGAUUGAUUAUUGUUCCCACCCCAAUAGCAGUCUCCUUCAACUCAUACCGGGCGCUUUAUUCCGAGCUACAUGCAAAUGUGGAUUUCUGUGAGAUGGGUUUCGGGCAUCACUUUCCAGCCAGGGUAUGGAGCGAUGAGGAGACGCGUGAGAUGAUACAGACGCGUGAUAUUGAACGUUGUUGGCAAAAGCGCGGUUUGGGUGAUUUUGCUGUGGGGUUGCGUGGGCCAUCCACAUUAGAGUCCGACAAUCAAUCCACACAAAAUGAUCAUUUCACCACACUCAAAGGCGAUGACUAUGUACGGGUUGCGGGCCUCAAUAAUAUCCACCUCGCUUCCUCCGAAUGGGUGGGCUAUGCAGGCCUCCGUGAUGCCACAACAACUUCGAUGCCGUCAAGAGAACCCGGAGAUGCUGCGCUACCAUCAUGGGUCGAAAUGAUUGAGCUGCGCUACGGUGUAUCGCCAAAAUACUGGGGGCAAGGAAUUACGCAGGAAGCGUCGAAGGCCAUUAUGCAGUGGUCUGUGGAAGAAAGAGGGGUCAAAAGAUUCAUCGCGGAGACGGAGAGAGAUAACAGCAGAAGCGCAAAGGUGUUGCAAAAGAUUGGAUUUACACUGAGUGACUCGAACUAUUGGAAAGAGCCGAGUGAAUUGGAAUGGGAGUGUGCUGCCAAAUGA